CCCCCCGAGGGCGUCCGCGUCGCCGUCCACGCGGCCGCGCUGAACUUCGCAGAUUUGUUACAGUGUCGCGGCCUGUAUCAAGAGCGCCCGCCGCUGCCGUUCACCCCGGGCGGCGAGUUCUCCGGCGUGAUCACCGAGGUCGGCGACGCCGUAACAAGCGCGUUCAAAGUCGGCGACGCCGUCGCCGGCGUGCUCGUCGGCGGCGGCGCGAUGGCGUCCGAGGUGGUCGUCCCUCGCGCGAGCGCGCAGUGCUUCGCGGUGCCGAGCGGCGUGGACCUCUCCGCAGCCGCCGCGUUUCCGGUGGCGUACGGCACCGCGCACGUCGCGCUCGCGCACCGCGCGCGUCUGCGCGCGGGCCAGACCGUGCUCGUGACGGGCGCGGGCGGCGGCGUCGGGAUGGCCGCGGUGCAGAUCGCGAAAGCGAUGGGCGCGACGGUGAUCGCCGUCGCUCGAGGUGAAGAAAAACUCGACGCGUGCGCGAGCGCGGGCGCGGACUACUGCCUCGACAGCGACGCGCUGAGGACGCCGCCGCGCGGGGAGGAGCGCGGGAGCGGCGGCGACAGCGGCGGCGGCGCGUCUUCCUCCUCGGCGGCGUUCGCGGGGCUCAGGAAGGCGGUGACCGCGCUCGCGCCCGCGACGCGACGCGGCGUGGACGUCUUCUUCGACAACGUCGGCGGCGCCGCGUUUAAGAGCGGCGUCAAGUGCGUCGCGUGGGGCGGUCAGGUUCUCGUGAUCGGGUUCGCGAGCGGCGAGAUCCCGACGCUCGCGAUGAACGUCCCGCUGGUGAAGAACGUCACCGUGCACGGCGUGUAUUGGGGGUCGUACGCGACGGGCGACCCGGCGACGUUUCAGGCGUCGGCGAGGGAGACGACGCGGCUGCUGCGCGAGGGCAAGCUGCGCGUGCGCGUGUCGCACUCGUUCGCGCUCGACGACGCGAGCGAGGCGUUUCGAGCGCUCGCGGAGCGAAGGGCGAUCGGGAAGGUCGUGGUG